UCAAAGGGGACUGAUAGAGAUUCGAGAGUUUGAUUCGUGAAAUGUAAAGACCAACUAUUUUUCCACGGUAUCCAGGCCGUCGUUUGCUUCGAGCAGGUGAAAUCUGUCAUUUUAAGAUCGCAGGAACAUGACAGAGUUGAUAAACAAGAUACCCGCUCAAAAAUCGGGCGCAGAAUUCUUAGUUGCUUCGCAUUUUACGAUCAGCCAUGAAGAUCGGUGGGCUCCUAACAAGGACCCACUUGUGUACAAGAGCACAUUUAAAAAGGACUACCCUCCUCUCCCUUUGACUAAACGGGAGCGCAUACCUUCACCAGCUCCUGCUACAGUCAUGCACAAAGAUGAACGCUAUAAUGAUAAGUGUUCUAUGACGAGAGGGCACUUUGUUGAAAAAAAACCGGAGAAACAAAACUAUGCUAACUCUACAUCUAUGUUGGCAAGAACCAAUUUUAAAAUGGAUUCUGACAGACAGCUAAAGUCAUUUCAGACAACUCACAAAGAGUAUUAUCCAGUUCGGCCUCUUGAUGAGGCAAGGAACCCAGCUGCCACAGGGAAAAAGGAGUGGAUGCGAAGCUACAUUCCUCAAGGUGAUAAAGAGAAGGAGCUUUGGCCACAUUCAGACUACCGUAGUAAGUUCUUAGGGAAGCAGAUUGGUAAAAGAGAUGUGCUGGCACCCAUUGAAAAAAAUGAAGGACCACGGACUAUUACUGGGGAUGCAAGAACUCACCACAUGGGGCAAUUCACCACAACCACCAAGUCAGAAUUUGUUGGUCGUUAUCUGCCAAAGCAGCAGCUUUUGAAUCCUGCCUUGAGGGAUAGGGGAUCAAGUAUUCCCCAGGGGGAUCAGGAAAAGUGCAAUUACUCUACCUCAACCCAACAGGAAUCUUUCCAAAGGCCCACUUUCAAAGAUUUCACUACUUUUGACAGGGAAGAGGCUGUCGAUAAACUGCGUAGAAGUACCUUCAAAUUGGGUGACAGACGUGUUCCUGGUCACCUGGGAACCACAGCAGCUGAGUCAUACCCUGUACGCCUUAUGACAGACAAGAACUUGUCUUCCAACCUUGACAUGGGAAAAAGCAGCUUUCCUGAGGGAGACAGAGAUCCUCUACGAGCCCAUGAGCGAGUCAGUGUAACUACCAAUGACAUCUUCUAUGGAAAACCAGCUGUUGGACUCAGAAAUAAAAUAGUUGACGGUUCCCAUCUCAGAACUGAAUCGCAUGUAGAUCUGGGUGCUGCUAGAGGUGCACAUUUCUAUGAAACUUCAAUGAAAUCUGACUUCACAGCAGUAACAGCUCCAUACAAGAAAGCUGAUCCAGGCAUGCCUACAAGUAGCAGUAUUCCCCUUGACUAUUACAGUGGUGCACCCAUUACCAUGCCAACAAGCUGGAGUGAUUUCCCAUCUCGUGCUGGAGUCCCCAAACUUAUUCCCAAUCCCCUGGCAGUUGAUAAUCUUAAAAAGUCUCAUAUACAACCUCCAAUCCCAGGGGAGAGAGAGUUCAGCACAACUCACCAAAGAACAUACACACCAAAGAAGACAUCAAGAAGAAGUGUUGAUUCUGGAAGACUACAACGAAGUUCCAUUCCACUAGGAACAUUAAACACUUAUGUUUAAAUAUAGGAAUCUUUUUAGUUGUGAUUAGAGCAAUAAGUCUGUAUUUUGAUUGUGUAAAUCUCUUUUUUUGUGUGGAAAAUAUCAGGUAACUCAGUUGAUUUUGUGGCUAAAUAAAACUGAUUUACUAAUGUCAGUUAUAUGAGUGGGGUCUAUCCCCACUGAUUCCAAACUAAUUGGUUUUAAAAAAUAAAAUUUAGCAAGUAACUGUU